UAAAUGGAGAAGAAUAUAUAUACCAGUACCCAACACCUGUAAAAUACUUUCCUCCUGCAAGCACUUUUUGGAUCAUCUGUCCUCAGAGAGAAGAAGGCAACAGCAGCAAUUCUGAAGAGGGCUUCUGAACUGUACUGAACUUCACUGGAGGUGAAGAAUACUUCAGACAAGUGGUAACAGAAUGGAGAACAAACAGCAAAGCAACGGCAUGACAAAAGAAAAUAAUGCAGUAAAGAAGAAAGUGAAUUGGUCUGGAAGUCUUAUUGUAGCUUCCCUAACUGGUGCUUUUGGGUCGUCUUUUCUUUAUGGUUACAAUUUGUCGGUGGUGAACGCUCCCGCAGUGUUUAUCAAGAAGUUUUACAAUGAAACUUGGGAAAGGAGAUAUGGCUUCUCAGUGGAUGAAGGCACACUGACACUCCUCUGGUCCAUAACUGUUUCUAUUUUUGCCAUCGGUGGCCUUGUGGGUGCCAUUAUUGUUACCCCAAUUGUGAAGUUCUUUGGAAGGAAAUGCACACUGGUGCUCAAUAACGUGUUUGCAGUGUCAGCUGCCCUGUUGAUGUCCCUGUCCUUGCUGGCAGGGUCGUUUGAAAUGCUCAUCCUGGGCCGCAUUAUCAUGGGUGUCGAUGCAGGCAUUUCCUUAAGUGCCCUCCCCAUGUAUUUGAGUGAAAUAUCUCCUAAGGAAAUCCGUGGUUCAUUGGGUCAGGUCACAGCGAUUUUCAUUUGUAUUGGUGUUUUCACUGGUCAAGUUCUGGGGCUGCCAGAAAUAUUUGGGCAAGAAUCUCGGUGGCCUUUCCUAUUUGGAGCAAUCAUUGUUCCAUCACUGAUACAAGUCGUGAUUCUGCCUUUUCUUCCCGAAAGUCCUCGGUACCUCCUACUCGAAAAGCACAACAGGAGCAAGGCAGAAAAAGCGUUUCAGAGGUUCCUUGGGAAAGAUGACGUGUCUCAGGAAAUAGAAGAAGUUCUGGCAGAGUCUCGGGUGCAGAGGAACACCAAGCUGGUGUCGGUGGUCGAGCUGCUGCGGACCCGCGCGGUGCGGUGGCAGAUCGCCACCGUCAUCGUCACCAUGGGCUGCUACCAGCUCUGCGGGCUGAACGCUAUCUGGUACUACACAAACAACAUCUUUAGUGAAUCUGGGAUCGAUCGUGAAACAAUCCCUUAUGUUACACUAAGUACUGGUGCUGUUGAGACUCUGGCUGCCGUUUUUUCUGGCUUGGUUAUUGAGCGGCUUGGACGCAGACCCCUCCUCAUUGGGGGUUUUGGGUUGAUGACCAUCUUCUUUGCAGUUCUCACUGUCUCCCUGACUUUACAGAACACUGUGCAUUGGCUUCCUUACCUCAGUAUAUUUUGUAUCCUUGCAAUCAUUGCAUCAUUCUGCAUUGGACCAGGUGGGAUUCCCUUUGUCCUCACUGGAGAGUUUUUCCAGCAGUCACAGAGGCCAGCUGCAUUCAUGAUAGCUGGGACAGUCAACUGGCUCUCCAACUUCGUAGUGGGACUGCUCUUCCCCUUCAUCCAGGCUGGUUUACAGACCUACUGCUUCCUAGUGUUUGCUGGCAUCUGCUUUGCAGGAGCGACCUACCUGUUUUUUGUCCUGCCUGAAACAAAAAAUAAGACAUUUCAUGAGAUCAGCCAAGCAUUUGCCAAAAGGAAUAAAGUAGAUUUGGAAAUGCAAGAGAUGAACCACUACCCAGGGGAGAGGAAAUCAAGCGAAGAACAAGAAUCAAACUUCACAUCUUCAGUGGACAAUGGGGAAACCAAAAAAGGGAUUGUGUAAACCCAGGAUGCUCCUUUAGGGGAUGGGGGAAAGUGUGCUCUUUUCAUUUAUAGCAGUGCACAACUUGUAUAUUUUAUGACCUCAUGAACCGCUUCCCCCUUGCAAAUAUUCUAAGUGAGUAUGGGUGAAUUCAUUAGCAGCUGGGGCAAUGGUGGAGACAAUGAGGGGUGAGAGGAGAGGCAACUGACAAAAUAAAUGAGAUGGAGUCUCCUUGGCACCUGUGAAGCAAGUGCUGGGGUGAGUGGGGUGGGGAAUACAGACUUGGAGACGUGAAGAGGCAGUGGGGACCAGGGUUCUGAGCACCCCAAUGUGCUCACAGGGAGGUGUGCAUGCUCUCCCCAAGAGGAGCAGGAGGAGGCAGGGACAAGGGAGGAGAUCCCAGUGGGGGCCUGCUGAGAAGCCAACCUGAAACAGCACCAGAAGGUUUUUCUCCACUUUCCCAAGAUGUCAUUCAAGCUACCCAUGAGAACUGACAUGACACUUCCCUGACCUCCCAUUCCUUUUCUAGCUAUUUUGACUUCCAGUUGCAUUGCUUGCAACA